AUAAUAAUAAUAAUAAUAAUAAAAAGAAAAACGAAAGUAAGUAAAAAUGCCGCAAAUAUACUCAAAAAAGUGGCAAUAUUGCAAUCACUUUCUACGAAUAAUGCCAAAAAUAUGUGAACGUAUACGAUGAUCGAACAAAUGUGUGAGUCCCACUCAAUACAAUUUAAUUCGAUUGAAUUCAAUGCAAUUCGUAUUAUAAAUGUGUUCAAUGUUUCAUUAUUUCCUUGAAAAGUUCAGUCAGAAGAACAAGGUGCUUCGAGUUUUUGAUUGCUAGCUAAGAAAAGUUUAAAUACUUAAAGUAUUACCUUAAAAGUGAAACAAAAAAAAAAAAUAAAAAUAAAAAUAAAUAAAUAAAUAAAAAAUAUUAAAAAAUAAAUAUUCAAGAAUAGUGUCGAUCCUGCAAACGACGAGAUACGUUUAAACGUUUGAGGAAUCUCGGUGAAAAUUGCGGAAAAAGCCAUGAAUGCGCGAAUAUUGCGCAAAUGGAGCAUACAAACGAAUCUAAUGUCUUCUACAGUGUACAGUUUACUUGUGGUCGUUGCGCUGCUACUUGUCACAUGUGCACCAAUAUCACCAAUACUGGCAACCAUAAUGAACGCACAUUCAGUUGCAUUCACAGUCUAUGGUACAUAUGCACCCUCGCCAACUUCAAUUCAAACAUCACCGCCACCGCCGCCACCACCUCCACCCUUUACCACCCGCCAAGAUACAAGUGGAAAAGUUCACACGCACGCACGAAGUCCAACAAAUCAAGGAAUCAGACGAGAAAUUCUAAGAAAUAUUGGCGAUCAAUACAAAAUGAGGCCAUCACAUUACACAGAGCGGAGCAAUGUCGGUGACACAGAGACAAUCGAUGAUGAAAAAGAGCACAGACCAUUUGUGGGAUAUCCAUUAACGGGUAAAAGUUGGCCGCUAUAUGCGGAACGAACCACAACACUGGGCACAGCGUCGUCGGCCACAUUGCGUGUAGUUAAAAAUAUUCAAAAAUCAAUUGCAAAUAAUUAUAAUACAGAGCAUUGGCUUAGCGGCAGUAGGAGCAAUAGCGGCGGCGUGUCAUCAAGCUCAUUAGUACCGCAUGUGAAUUUCUCGUCACCGAAAUUAAUCAAAAUGCCCAUGCGGUAUGUUAUUGAAUCUUAUGAGGUGCCCGCUUCGCUACCAUUGAACGGGGAAUUAACGGAGAAGCAACGUCGCAUGCUAAUUCAUGAACAAUACCUGAGACAGUUGCAUACUAUUCAGCAGCAGCAGGCAGCCCGUAAUAGACGGGAGUCCUUAAACGGUAGCUUUAAACGUUAUGUUAAUGAUCAACCAAAGCAAUUCCAAAACUUUCGAAAACGUUAUCUACCCCAAAUACACCAUAAUAUUAGACAGCAACAACAACAACAACAACAACAACAACAACAACAACAACAACAACAACAACAACAACAACAGCAACGACUUCGUAAGCAUACCCGCCGAUAUUGCUCAGCCAGAGAUCCGGCUCAGUUAGCGUUUGAAGCACCAACAGUGUUUGAGGGAAAGAUUGUAUCAAUGACACCAGAUCGCCGAUCAAAUUUCUCGGCCACCGUAGAAGUGCGUGAGAUAUUUAAACAACAGAUAGGUUUUCACUUGCAGAAAUAUUUACGUUUGCAAUUCGCUUACGGUAACAGCAGCGGCGAAUGUGAUAUAUAUCGCGAGCAACUGAGACUAAGAGGUCUAGUGCGGGGGGAUACCAUCGAGCCCGGUCGUAUAUAUUUAUUAUUUGUGCAGCAAAUAGACAACGGUAAUUUUACUAUUCUGGGUCAACCGAUCCGAAGGACACGACGUGUAGUCGAUGCGGUCCGGAAUGCAGUGAGCGAGAACUAUGCACAGCUCGCUUCCAUAAGAUCGAUAUCAGCCAAUAAUCGUACGGUGGAGAAUGGCAAAGAGUUGCGUAUAGUGUGCAAGGUACAUGGACGACCGCCACCCAAGGUGACAUGGUUUAAGGAUCACAAAUCAAUUAAUCGAAAUCGGAAACUGUAUCAGUUUUACCAUUACAAAAAACGAUCGGAACUCGUUAUACGUUCCUUCAAUACCUCAGAUGCUGGUCGUUAUGAGUGCCGGGCUAAAAACAAAGUUAAUCGUAAUGUGGAGCGAAGAGCGAUGGUUAUAAAAGCCUAUCCAAUACCGUUAUUUGAAACACAUCUAAUAGGUGGAACCGGAAACAAUUGUCCGGAUGACGCUUCCGAAUUUUGUUUUAACGGCGGACCUUGCAAGUUUUUUUCAGAAAUCGGUUCAUAUUCUUGCAUAUGUCCUGAAGGUUUCAUUGGUGAAAGAUGCGACCGCAAGGAAGUCAAUAACAUGCCCCCCAAUUAUUUAUUGUUGCAAUCUACGGCCAAUUAUACGCCUUUGAUUAUAUAUUAAAUUGAAAAGUAAUAAAGAAACAAAAACAAAAAACGUUGCGAAUGUGAUCUAUCAAUGACUCUACGAAACAACGCGCACACGGUUGGCCCUGGCACAAACUGUCCAUUAAACUACUUAGUUAAACAAAAGAUGAUUAAUUGUUUGAAUAUGACCGCAAUCAGGGGAAUUUUCUAUCAGAACAUAUUUAACUUAAAAAUCAAGCACAACUUGAAGCUCUCGAUCGCCACAAAGAAGAUGUUCACAUAUUGCCUAUCCUUUCUUAUUGCUUUGAUAUUCAAUUUCAAAUUU